AAGCAUUCACAGAUACUACUAACUACCUUCGUGCCAGGCUACCGCUCGAACUUUCUACGCCAAAAGUAGCAAUCAUAUGUGGUUCAGGACUUGGACAGUUAGCUGAUAUUAUCCAAGAUAAAGUGGAAUUCGCUUAUGAAGAUAUACCAGGAUUUGUUUCUAGCACAGGUCAUGAAGGAAAACUUGUUUUUGGCUUACUUGGUGAUAAAAGAACGCAAACGGUUUGCAUGGUUGGAAGGUUCCAUCUUUAUGAAGGGUAUACACUUAAACAGAUUACAUUUCCUGUAAGAAUUUUUAAGAUGUUAGGCGUGGAAAUAUUGAUUG